CCCAGAUGUAGCUAUGCGACCACAUUGAGAUGCUGCAACGAUAUGUGUCUAUAUAUGUCAACAGGUUAACUGCCUUCGUCCCGGCUUCGUCCUGUCUUUUUCUCUACUCGGCUUCAUCUAACACAUGCUUCAACUUUAAACCCUACAAAGCACCUUUUUUAUUUGACUUAUACCUGCCGCUUAGCCGCCGUCUCUUCUUGCUUCCUCCCCGCCCUGCUCUUCCCCACUAACAUGUCCUCCCCGUCCGCCGUCCGCCAGGACCAGUCCCAGUUCCACGGUUUUGCCAACUUCCCUCUCGAGAUCUCCUACCAGAUCCUGGAGGACGCCGUCAGCACCUCGGGCAUCCAUUUUCUCAAACUCGUCGCUAACGACUAUACCCGCGACGCCCUACCAACAACUUCACCCGAAGAAGAAGACGCCGCUGCCACGGCCGGCUUCACCAGCACCCUGCAGCCCGCCUACGCCAUCGCCGCCGCGGACAAGUCCUACUACCCCAUUAUGAACAAGGCCAUCAACCAACUGCGACUGGUGUGCCGUGAUAUGAAGCUCUUCGUCGACCAGCUGCGCGCACGCCCCGGCAACCUGACCCUGGACAGCGGGCGCCUGGUGCUCCUGCAGCGCUCGUCUGACGUCGUGUGCAUCGACUACCCGGGCGUCGAGCACUCGGGCGCCCUGGGGGCGUGGGCCCGCCGUCUGGACCCGGCGCAGCUCGGCAGCAUCCGGCACCUGGCGAUCCGGUACAGCCCGAGCUGGGAGCGGUUCGUCGGCGAGGGGCCCGGCGGCGACGCGCAGUCCACCGUCUGCCGCGUCUGCGGCCGCGCCCACGACAGCUCCCACGACAGCCCGCAUGCGGACGGGCCCCCGCAGCACGCAUACGAGUUCGCCGCGCUGUUCCCGCACCUCCGCACCUUCUACUUGCUGGACUGCCUCGCGAUCCGGCGGGUGCGCGACCGGUCCACGGGCACCUGCCCGAAGGACGACCGCGACUACCGCGGCCAGCGCUUCGCGACGGCCGACAGCGCGCGCACGUACUACGAGGUCGUGCCCGAGUGCUGCAAGGUCGCGACCCACGUCUUCGCCGUCCUCGACUGGGUCCGCGCCAACUACGUCCGACACUGCCGCGAGCGCUUCCCCAGCCAGCGCCGCGCCGAGGACGUCUGCUUCAAGGUGCUGGGUUGCGAGUGGGACUCCGCCACCUUCCCCCCCCUCGCGCGCCCCGCCUCUGAGCCACUCUGUGAGUUCACCUUCACCGUGCCUCUGCCGGCCCGGCAGAAGUAA